AUGCGUCUGCUGCCUCGCAUCCUGGCCCACCCCAUUGAGCACGGCCACUACCUGGAGGAGUCUCGCCAGCUGCUGUCCUACGCUCUCAUCCACCCGGCCACGUCUCUGGAGGACCGGGCCGCCCUGGCGCUGUGGCUCAACCACCUGGAGGAGAGGGCUGCCGCCCGGGGGGACUCCCUGGAGCGGCCCCCGCCUGCCGGGCCCCACCACCACGCCCACCACCAGUCCACGCCUCCGUCCACCCUCAACUCCUCGGGCUCGUCGUCGUCGUCCUCCUCCCCAACACCUGUCGUCGGGGACCUGUACUCCCUGCACCACCACCAGCGCUACGGCUCCGACGACCGGCUCAACGGCUGGCAGAGCUCCAGGGACUCGGGCCUAGGUGGAGGCUGGCAUCAGCAGCACCAGGGCUGUGAGAAUGGACACCUGCUCCGUUACCCAUCAUCCUCUGUGCCAGCGACCAUCAACACAGUGGGAACCGGUGGAGGCGGAAACGCCAUUCUGUCCAGUGGCGGCGGCGGCGGCCAACAGCACAGCCCCCUGAAACGCUCUGUAUCCCUGACUCCGCCCAUGAGCGGCCCCAGUAACCAGCCUUUGGGCCACGUCUGGCUGUCCCAGGAGGACCUCCGGACGUCCCGAGGCCCUGCCCCUGACCACGCCCCCCUGUCCCCCCAGAGCAGCAUCGCCUCCUCAGGCAGCGGAGGCAGUGAGCAUCUGGAUGAGGCAGGGCUGGGAGGAGGCUCCGCCCUCCAUCGCAGCUCCUUCCAUGAGGAGGGCAGCGGCAUGAGAGAUGUUCCUGCCUGGUUGAAGAGUCUCCGCCUCCAUAAAUACGCUGCUCUGUUUUCCACCAUGACGUAUGAUGAGAUGCUGUCACUGACAGAGGAGCAGCUCGAGGCUCAGAAGGUCACCAAAGGAGCCAGACACAAGAUCGUCAUCAGCAUCCAGAAGCUCAAGGACAGACAGAACCUCCUUCGCAGCCUGGAGAAGGAUGUCUUGGAGGGCGGUAACCUCCGCGGUCCGCUGCAGGAGCUCCACCAGAUGAUCAUGACGCCUAUCAAGGCUUUCAGUGGUGGGGAGGAGGCACCGCAGCGCCCCCUGCUGAGCCACGGAGGCAAGAGCGCCGCACCCGGGUCACAUCUGAGCGGUGGCAGCGGGGGAGGAGGGGAGGCGGAGUCUGGCUCCAGCGUAAUCGCGGAGGGGGAUCUGCCUGGACAGUUCACAAGGGUCAUGGGUAAAGUUUGUACGCAGCUACUGGUGUCAAGAUCAGAUGAGGAGAACAUCAGCUUCUACCUACAGCUCAUCGACAAGUGCCUUAUCCACGAGUCCUUCACUGAGACGCAGAAGAAGAGGCUGUUGUCAUGGAAACAACAGGUGCAGAGACUGUUCCGGUCCAUUCCAAGGAAAACCCUCCUUGACAUUGCAGGAUACCGGCCGCAGAGGAGCCGGGGGUUUGGCCAGUCCAACUCCCUCCCCACCGCCUCCUGCGUGGGCAGCGGUGUGUCGGCCAGGAGGAGCCUCCGUCAGUUCCAGAUGCCCUCCAGGAGCCUCCCAGGGGCCCGGCUGCUGGGCAGCGGGGGGCUCCUGGGACCGACGCCCCGGAGCUCCAGCAGCACCCCCACUGGACCCAAACAGGGCCGACAGGGUCUGUGGUUCGCCAACCCUGGGGGCAGUAACAGUAUGCCCAGUCGGAGCCACAGCUCGGUGCAGAGAACCCGUUCACUGCCGGUUCACACCACGCCGCAGACCAUGGUCAUGUUCCAACAGGCCGAUCUUCAGCUACCAGCGACAGAGCCAGACAUCAACAACCGCCUGGAGUCUCUGUGUCUGAGUAUGACCGAACACGCCUUAGGAGACGGAGCUGAUCGAACAUCUACAAUAUGAGCUGAGGACCUGAAGGAGGCAGCAGGACGUCGCAGGUUCACCACAUGUCACCCCGAGGUCACCCGCAGCAGUCCCGCCCCCUCACCCUGCCUGCAGCCAAUGGGAGAGCUCAACCAAAGGAGACUGGGCAGGAUCCACCAAUCACAGAGAGAGAGAGAGAGAGAGCCCAUCACCUGGCGGCCGGCGGCUCGCCCACACCAGCCACCACGAACACAUAGAAUCGACGCCUGGACGAUGUGUGAACAGCGCCGCCCAGAGGCCAGAGGAGGCACCACGGCGGACAGGAGGCACCGAGGCCACCGCCACCGUUUUCAGAUUCAUCACAGUACCUCAGACCCAGAACCAGGAGGAUAUCGGAUCGCAGAAGGACCGGGAUGACUGGUUUUAGCGCUGGGAGGCAGUGGAAGUCAUUUAUUCAUAUCGUUUGUAUUUAUUGUUUACAUUCUGAUGCUACUUUCUAAGGGUACAGACACGGUAUGAACGGAAACCUACCAUUUGGCUUUAUGACCCACGAGUAGCCAUCAUCACACUAGUUUACAACCAAUAUGCUUAUCAUUGUGUUUUUUUUUUUACUUUAUCAGCUGACGGAAGGAGAGAAAAAGCGAGAGCAGGUGUAAAGAACGGAGGAAAGAACCAAGUAACACAGAAAGACAGAGGAAGUAGAAUGAGAAGGAGUUGACCGAAGGUUUGAUGGUGAUGAUGGAAAAGGGAAGCGCAAGUAUCAGAGGAAGACGCCAGAGGCCGGACCUCUGGAUGGCGCCGAGUCGACACGUGAGCGAACGGGACAGGAAGUGAUGUUUAGGCUGAGCUGCACCAGUGAGGAUUCAUGAGGUUUACACUCACAUAGUGUAGAAGAAGAA